UCUCACGCAUUAUGCUGAUCACAAGGCUCCCUGGACGUGGCAUGCACUCCUACGCACAGACGAGCGGUAUGUGGACCGUCGACACUUGAGGGUGGCCACAGCUGGGGGGAAGGUUUGGAACCUUGCUUGUGAUGGUGAUUCAGACAGUCACAGGAGGGUUCGAGAGUUGAUUGAGCAGACGGGUCUUCAUCAGCUACCCUGGUGCAGCUACUCGGAGACAGAUGCAGGCCUCAUUUUGGCCCUUGUGGAGCGAUGGCAUGAGGAGACUAGUAGCUUCCACAUGCCGUUUGGGGAGAUGACCAUCACCCUGGACGACGUGUCGGCUCUUCUCCAUCUCCCCAUGGGGUCGAGGUUCUAUACGCCUGGGAGGGGGGAGAGGGACGAGUGUGCAGCGCUAUGUGUUGAGUUGAUGGGAGGAUCUGUUGCUCGUUAUCAUGCUGAGUUUGAUAAGAACAGGAGCCAGACUAUUCGCUUUGGGGUCUUGCAGACCCUGUAUGAUGCUGCGUUGGAGGAGCACCGAUAUGAGGACGCUGCACGGAUUUGGCUGGUGAACCAGCUAGGCGCGACGCUCUUUGCUAGCAAGAGCGGUGGAUACCACACGACCGUCUACUGGAUAGGUAUGUUGCAGGAUCUCGGUCGAGUGUCCGAGUACGCGUGGGGCGCGAUUGCGCUCGCUACGUUGUACGACCAGCUUGAUCGAGCGUCCAGGAGGGGGACGGCCCAGAUGGGAGUACCUUUCUAA